AUGUGUGGUCACAUAUUCUGCUGCGCCAGGGAGAUGCCCGGUGAAAAACUGUCGAUUGAAAUGCAAGGCGCCCGUAAGGAUGCCGGCAGGGUGCCCGGCCGGUCAUCAAACUUGAAGUCGCUCCCCAAUGACACUCUAGAAUGGAGUCCAAAUAUAGAUACUUUAUAUCUGUUCGACAACCGGCUCUCCUUCAUCAAUAUAAGUUCAUGUGGCAUGGCCGACACUGUGAGCAUGCGUGGUAAUCGACUAAAACACCUUACGGUCAGAGAUUUCACCUUUGUGUGCCACACUGAUACUCUAGAUCUGAGACAAAACCAUAUCAAAUCAGUAGACCCUCAAGUGAUCGCAUCACUACAUGUUCGCUCUUUGGUGCUAGGUGGCUACCCUUUGAGUGAUGAGGUGUUGGCGAACAUCGUCCUCGGAAUUUCAAAAUCAGACAUUGAAGAGCUUACGAUCCUGAAAGGUUCUGUUGGUGCGUUUCCUAAAGGUUUCUUUGAUCCCCUUCGCUAUUCUUCUCUCUCUGUUCUGAACUUCAACGACAACAAAGUGAAUAGCCUCCAUCCUUUAGUCUUCUCAAAUUUGACAAAACUCAGAGAAUUCAGUUUCAGUGAUAACAAACUCCCCAUAGACGAAAUUCAACCAGAUUUUUUCGACGGCAUGAAUGCAUUAAAAGUACUGGCAAUCAACGACAACAAAAGAUACCUAUGGAAUGCAGCUGCAAACGAAUCUCUUUUCGAUGGAUUAUUGGAUCUUAAUCAUUUGGACUUGAGUUAUAACCCUUUCCUGUGUUUUAGUAGUGAUUUACCGCCAGGGAUGUUCCGUCAACUCUCUGUUUUACAAGAACUUAAUCUAGACUACUGCGAUAUUACAAAUCUACAUCCUCUUGUCUUCUCGGGGUUGGAAUCGCUUGAGACGUUGAGUUUGAAAGGAAACAACAUCCAGCAUAUUCAUGAUGAUGUAUUGUCGGGGUUGGGUCAAAUAGAAAGUAUCAACUUGGAAGGAAAUCGUAUCGCGUACUUGGAGGAGUUAAUGUUCUCAAAUAAUUGGAAGCUCACAAAUCUUUCCUUGGCCAACAACAGAUUAACGCGCCUUAAUCAAAGCACUUUCAAGCCGAUCUUUUCCUCCAUUUUAUUAAUUGAUCUAUCAACGAACCCAAUUGAUUGUAACUGUGAAAUGGAGUGGCUUAUUGAUUGGUUAAAUGAACCUAUACGCCUGAAAAACAAGAACGAAACUAUCUGUUCGUCAGCAUCUCUGGAGCCUCUUCGUGAGAAACCCCUGCUCGAUUUUGAUCCAAAUGAACUCUGUAUAAUAAACAAUAGUCUAUUCUCUCUGAUUCCCCUCGUCUCCAUUAGCUUGGUUGUAAUCAGUGUCCUGCUGUUUCACUACCGAUGGCAGUUGAGGUACAAACUCUAUCUCUUGAAACUUGCCGUACUGGGAUUUAAAGAGAUGCGAGACGCUCGAGACCACAAUGACUACGAGUUUGACGUGAACAUCGUUUUCUACGACGAUGACGAAGAUGACGAAGAAUGGAUUCGCGAACAGCUUCGACCAGCUCUCGAAGAACGGCUUCCACAGUUUCAGAGGAACGUCUAUGGUGACCAAGACCUUGUGUUGGGUAUGCAUUACUUAGAUUCCGUCCAUUACGUGGUGAGCCAUAGUUACAAGACCAUCGUAGUGCUUAGCAGAGCUGCUGUGCAAGACCACUGGUUCAUACUAAAGUUCCGUACGGCCAUGGACCACGUGAGUGACACUCUGACGGAAUUCGUAGUCGUGGUUUUCCUCGAAGACAUCCCAGAUGAUGAAAUGCCAUUCUUGGCGAGAUUGUACCUCAGUGAUGACAGGCCCUAUAUCCACUGGACUGAGGACGUGAGAGGACAACAUUAUUUCUGGGAUAAAUUGACCACAAAUCUGACCAUUAAUCUAAAGACAAUGUCUUGA